GUGGUAAAAACACUAUUAGACGAUCCACGUGUCAAUCCAGACACCGGAGAUGAGUGGGAGACGACACCAUUGAUGCUAGCGGCGGGAAAUGGGCACGAGGCGGUCGUUCAACUGCUGCUUAGUUGCGGUAAAAUCGAUCUCACCGCUUCGGCCUACGGAGGUCAGAGCCCGCUGUCGUAUGCAAUAAAGAAGGGGCACACGAGGAUUGUUCAACUGCUACUUGAAACUGGAAAUACCACAGAUAAGUUGAAUAAAAGAGGUUACAGAGGGGAGACGCCACUGAUGGUGGCGGCAGAGGAGGGGCAUGAGGCUAUUGUUAAGCUAGUGCUUGAUACAUAUGCCAACGAGAUUAAUAUAAAUGCGAAGGAUGAAAAGGGCAGGACACUGCUAUCGUUAGCGGCGAUGAACGGACGCGAGGCAGUUGUUCAAUUGCUCCUUGAUAGCGGCAAGGCCGAUAUUAAUACCAGAGAUCAAGAAGGGAAGACUCCGCUGUCGUGGGCAGCGGAGAAAGGGCACCAGGACAUCGUUAAGUUGCUA